GUAAGAUCUGUAUGGAAAGUCCAGACAGAAACUACUUGCGACGGCGAGGGAAGGUUCACACAUUCUCUGUAAUUCUGUCUGUGUUUGCUGCAUUUGUCCUAGUCCCAUCUCCUCCCGCUGACCGACUUGUACCAGACCGGUGAGGAGCUGUGCAACCAGAACUGCGGACUGCCUCAUUAACCCCGGAUCAUCCGGACCUGUCUAUCUGUAAUCAGCGACUGACUCUCCAUAACCGAAUAGUCCUGGGAGCAGCAGCACCGGCUGAAUUCUCGGUGCAUGGUCGGCACAUUUGUCAUCCAGACAGCACUGAACUCCGACUGGUUUCAACAUCAGAGAGCAUCAGAAACUGAUCACACCUGUCCUCAAAAUGAGUCAAGCUCCGAGCAGUGGAGGCGAUCCAGUGACGUCACCAUCGGGAAAGGACACGGUCCCGUGCUCAGUGAUCACCGAGCUCCUGGCAAGCUGGGACGAUUUCCAGCUGCUGCAGUUGACGGACUUCUACCGGGACGGGCUGGAGCAGGCGAUGGAAGGAGGGGUGCACGGAGUGAGCCUGGCGUUAACGGCCGAGAAUCAGUUCAGUGGAGAGGAACAUCGGAAAAUCUCUGAUCUCGCUGAUAAGGGAGAGCGGGCGGACAGUUCUAAACUCCUCCUGAGCCUGGUGAUGGAGAAAGGCUCCCGUGCCCAGAGGGUGAUGUGGGAAACCUUUGUGAAAAUGCGGAUUGGUGUCCCAAAUUUGGACAAAAUACUGAAGGAAAUACAGAUAUAUGGUUGUGAUCCCUCCCAUCGACCAAAUCCCGGUCAACUUUUACAAGAGGUUCUCAGUGAGCUGAAAGGGCAAUGUGUUCCAGGCAACCACGACUCUCUGAUUAUCCCUGACAUCCCCAUUCAUUCUGCACACUCUCAACUUCAAAGUAUUCCCUCUGGUAUUAGACAUUUCAACCGCGACAAACCAAUUCUCUCUGUCUACUCUAUCUAUGCCUCCCAUUAUGUUGUCAACCUGUGUCUGAGCUUCCCUCAGCCUCUGAUGAUCCAGGGAAAACAAACUAAUUUUAUCCUGCCUCUCAUGAUAGCACAUGCCCUCUGAACCAGGCAGUAUCCUGGUAAACCACUUCUGCUCCCUCUCUAAAGCCUCACAAUCCCUCCGGUAGUGGGGUGAUCAGAGCGUUACGCACUGGUCCAGACAAGGCCGAAGCAGAGUUCAUCAAGUUGAAACUUGACCUCUGUUUCCACCAGCGGUUGUAAUUUGGGCAGGGCCUCUAAGUUGUUCCGCCAUGCGGAUCUGACCAUGUAAAUGUUGGCACUGUGACAGGGAGCACAGGGAGACACAGGGAAACGUGUUUGGUAUAGGGAGAGUUUUUAAAGGACAUUUGAGCAAAGGGACAGAGAUCUGCCGAGUUUGAGGAAAGUGGUCAGACCGCUCUGGGGCCUGCAAAUACAGAUCUCUCCACCGGAGUCUGAGUGGAGAAGGGGAUGAUCUGGAGAAAGGAAAAAAACAAAAACAACUUAUAUUUCCUCACACCAAAAAGUCAAAACCUUCCCUUGUCAGCCAGUGCCCCCUCCUGAACAGCCUCACCCUUAACCAGUUUCUAAAAUCCCCCGGUUCCUGCAGAUUAUCGUUUCUUAGAGUUGGGCGUCACUGAAGUUCCAGUCACAGAAUAGUAAUAAUAGCAUCACUUUAAUUAGAAAACCGGGUAACAUCCCAACUGGUCUGUUCAACCACAGAGUAGCAUAUGAACACACUGUGUUCACAUAUACACUCCCUAGUACAAUCACUGCUACAGUAUUACAGAGGGUGAGACUGGGGGACAUAUUCCUCAGCUCAGUCCACAGAAGCUGAAAUUCCUGUCUGCCUGUGUUGUGUGAUGGACACUGUGGGAGGGUGAGAG